AAUGUCAACUCCAUUUUUAGGUUAGAAAAGCGUAAACAAUGAUAAAAACGAACCAUACACCGUAAACACGAUGAAUAUUGGCCAAAAAUUGAAAAACAAGCGUCAAAAAGCGGACGACAAUGGCUGGGAAGACUGGGGUGGCUAUUUCAACGCGAAAAAAUCCAAACUGCAGGACCAAUACAAGGAAACCGCGGCCACCGAAGUCACAAAAGUCUCCGACAUUUUCGCCGGAGUGUCAAUUUUGGUUAACGGUCUGACAAACCCCAACUCUGAAGAACUUAAAUGUUUGAUGGCGGCACAUGGGGGCGUCUAUCAGGUGUACCAAAACUCGGCGACUACUCACAUAAUUGCGUCGAAUUUACCCAACGUUAAGAUUAAUAAGUUGGGGUCAGUCCCCAUUGUCAAACCGUCGUGGAUUGUGGACAGUAUCGCACUUAAUAAACUCCUGGACUACAGGCGCUAUUUAUUGUAUACUAAUCAGAGCACCAGUCAACCUAAGCUUGAUUUCCCUAUUGUCGACAAACCUAAAUCUGAUAGCCCCCCGCAGAAAACCAAAACCGCCUCUGACCCCAAUUUUUUGGAGGAGUUCUAUAGCAAUUCCCGGUUGCACCUUAUAGCGACCUUGGGGGCCGAGUUCAAGCAGCUCAUUUCGGAUCUGCGCGACCAGCCCCAGCGCGACUUUCCUAGUCGGGAGAAGCUCCUAUCGAUUCAGUGUAGUCCGGGCAGUGCCCCCCACAGCACCGUGAUUAUGCACAUCGACAUGGACUGCUUUUUCGUGUCCGUGGGGCUGCGCAACCGCCCGGAGCUGCGGGGGCUUCCGGUGGCCGUAACCCACGCCAGGAACCCCCAAAUCAACCCCAGUAAGGAGCGCCAGGCGGCGGUUACGUUCAACAUGGACCGGCUGCCGCAGGGGGCGGAGGCCCGGCUCGUGGACGGCAGGUCGUCGAUGUCGGAGGUGGCUAGUUGCAGCUACGAGGCGCGGCGGUGUGGGGUCAAAAACGGGAUGUUCCUGGGGGCCGCCGCCAAACUGUGUCCCAACAUCAAGACCAUUCCCUACGACUUCGAGGGGUACAAAGAAGUGUCGACGACCCUCUACAACACCCUCGCGUCGUACACUUUGGACAUCGAGCCCGUCAGUUGCGACGAAAUGUACGUCGACGUGACCGAGGUCCUCCGGGUCUUCGAUUUGUCGGUGGCGGCGUGGGCUGAGCACAUCCGCGCCGAGAUUAUGGCGAGCACCGGGUGCCCGUGCUCGACGGGUUUCGGCGGCAACCGCCUCCAGGCGCGCUUGGCCACGAAGAAGGCCAAACCCGCCGGGUCGUACUACCUCAAACCUGAAGAUGUCGAGAGUUACAUGGCCGAAAUCGCGCUGGCGGAUUUGCCGGGGGUGGGGCGAGCCACUUUGCACAAACUCCAGGGUCUGGGUUUAGCGACGUGCGGGGACGUGCAAGUGGCGGCUUUACACGUCCUGCAAAAAGAGUUGGGUGUCAAAGCCGGCGAAACUAUAGCUGAACAAGCCAGAGGGAUUGAUAAAAAACCCCUGAAUUUUCACCACGAGAGAAAGUCGGUUUCGGCGGAAAUUAACUACGGGAUUAGGUUUAAAAGUCUGGAGGAGUGUCACAGGUUUUUGGAGAGUCUUGGCGGCGAGGUGUGGGGGCGGCUGAGCGAGGUGAAGAUGCGCGCGAGGUGCGUCACGCUCAAGCUCAUGGUGAGGGCGGCAGAUGCUCCAGUGGAAACCGCGAAAUUCCUGGGCCACGGUUUAUGCGACUGUUUGAGCAAAAGCUCGACCACCUCGCAUGCAAUCCCAGACGUCAAAACCAUCCACCGAGAGGUCAAAAAUCUCUACGAGAAAAUGAACGUGGACUUCGUGGAACUGCGAGGAAUGGGUAUCCAGCUGUCAAAACUGGAAAAAGUAGGCCAUGUUAACCCAACUUUGAACAAAUUCCUGCAGCAACCGUCGAAAAAAAGCGAAAUUCCCCUAAAAAUUGAGGUUAUGGAUAAGUGCGACAAACCCGCCAGAGGGCGUCCGAAAAAAGGCGCUAAACCGCCACCCAAGCACGCCAUUAGUAACUUUUUCAAAAGUAAAAAAGAAACUACGAGUCAAACUAAG